AUGUCCGACUCUGAAGAUUUUAAUAUGGGAGGGGACUCUGGUAGCGAAGACUUCAAGCCCAAGGCAAAGAAGACUACUGCAAAGGCAAAGGCCACAUCUACCUCGAAGGCUGCUCCAAAAGCCAAAGCUGCCGCGGCUCCCAAGAAAAAGGUUACUGGAAAAAUUCUCAAACCCAUUGAGAAUAAGAAAGACGACUCCGACGAUGACGGUGCAUGGAUUGUCAAAGACGAUGCGGACAAAGACGAUGGGUCCGAACCAUCAGCCACCAUACAAAGAAAGGACAAGGGUGCCUCGGAAAUGUAUGAGAAGUUGACCCAAUUGGAACACAUCCUGAAACGUCCUGAUACGUACAUCGGCUCUAUUGAGUCUAUCUCACAAAAAAUGUGGACUUUUGACGAGGAGACCAAACGCAUGGUCUUCAGAGAGGUCAAGUUUGUCCCAGGCCUUUUCAAAAUCGUAGACGAAAUCCUUGUUAAUGCUGCGGACAACAAGAUAAACGACGCAUCUAUGGAUACUAUCAAAGUCGAAAUUGAUGCCGAGGAGGGACUUAUCAGUGUCUAUAACAAUGGCAAAGGGAUCCCAAUCGAAGUUCAUUCAAAAGAGAAGAUUUGGAUUCCUGAAAUGAUUUUCGGUCAUCUCCUUACAUCCUCCAAUUAUGAUGACGAUGAGAAGAAACUCACUGGUGGUCGUAACGGUUAUGGUGCUAAACUCACCAACAUCUACUCCACCGAAUUUACCGUCGAAACCGCCGACAAGAAGACCGAGCAGAAGUACAAGCAAACCUGGAUGAACAAUAUGUCGAAGCCUGGAAAAGCCAAGAUCACCAAGAACCCCCGAGGCGAGGAGUUUACCAAGGUUUCUUUCCGUCCAGACUUCAAGCGGUUCGGAAUGGAGGGUAUGGAUCAUGACAUUGCCAGUUUGUUGAAGCGCCGAGUGUACGACAUGGCUGGGACUGUAAAGAACGUGAAAGUCUUUCUCAACGGCGAACGCAUCAAAAUCAAGAACUUCAAGCAAUACGUUGAGAUGUAUGUCAACUCGGCCAAAGAGAACGCUGGCGAGGGCGAGGGACCGAAGCCUACUGUUAUUUUUGAAGAAAUCUCCCCGCGUUGGGAAGUAGGCUUCGCUUUGUCUGACGGGUCGUUUCAACAAAUCUCGUUCGCGAACAGUAUCGCCACUACCAAGGGUGGUACUCACGUCAACAUGAUUGCCGAACAAAUCUCCAAGAACCUGAUUGCAGGUAUCGAAAAGAAAAACAAGGGAGCCAAGGUCAAGCCCCAGACGAUCAAGAAUCAUAUGUGGAUCUUUGUCAAUUCGCUAAUCGAAAACCCGACCUUUGACAGUCAAACCAAAGAAUGGUUAACUCUUCCGUCUUCCAAAUUUGGUAGUCGGCCACACGUAUCUGAAGAUUUUAUGAAGAGGGUCGCCAAGUCUGGGAUUAUCGAUAACGUCCUGAGCUGGGCCAAGUUCAAGGCCGAUCAGGAGAACAAAAAGACUGACGGCACCAAGCGAACUCGUCUUACUGGCAUCGCGAAGUUGUCUGAUGCUAACAAUGCCGGCGGAAGGCACGCUUCAGAAUGUACUCUCAUCUUGACCGAAGGUGACUCUGCCAAGUCUCUGGCUGAGGCAGGUCUGAGUGUAGCUGGUCGAAAUAAUUUCGGUAUCUUUCCCCUCCGUGGCAAACUGUUGAACGUACGAGAAGCCACCCACGACCAAGUAAUGAAAAAUGCAGAGAUUCAGGCCAUUAAACAAAUUAUGGGCUUGAAACAUGGAGUCGCUUACAAGGAUGUGAGCAGCCUGCGUUAUGGCAGCAUCAUGAUUAUGACCGAUCAGGAUCAUGACGGUUCCCACAUUAAAGGCUUGCUGAUCAAUUUCCUUGACUAUUUCUAUCCGUCACUUUUGAAAAUUCCGGAGUUUCUGGUCGAAUUUGUUACACCCAUUGUUCGAGUCACAAAGGGGAACCAGAAAAUCAACUUCUUUACUAUUCCUGAAUUCCAGAAGUGGAAUGAAGAAAACAACAAGGACGGAAAGUGGUAUGUUAAGUACUACAAGGGGUUGGGAACUAGCAAAGACUCAGACGCCCGAGAAUACUUUGGGGCCAUGGAAAAACAUAUGAUCCCAUUCGCCAAAACCGAGGAAGGAGAACGCGAGUUGAUUGACAUGGCCUUUAACAAGAAAAAGGCUGAUGAUCGCAAGGAUUGGCUGCGUCAAUUUAAGCCCGGAACUUUCAUCGACCACAGCGUCCAGGAGAUCACAUACAGCGACUUUAUCAACCGGGAGCUGAUACUGUUUUCAAUGGCCGACAAUAUCCGUUCAAUUCCUUCGGUUGUCGAUGGCCUCAAACCUGGUCAACGUAAAGUAAUCUUUGGUACUUUCAAACGUAAACUUAAGAACGAGAUCAAGGUUGCCCAGCUUGUCGGAUACAUUUCAGAAAAGACAGCGUACCAUCAUGGUGAACAGAGUUUAACAAUGACCAUUGUCAACUUGGCGCAGAACUUUGUUGGAAGCAAUAAUAUCAAUCUACUCAAACCAGAAGGACAAUUCGGUACCCGUUCUCAGGGUGGAAAAGAUGCUGCAUCUGCACGUUAUAUUUUCACUAGCAUCCCUCGCAUUACACGUACUAUCUUCCACCCGCACGACGACGCACUCUUGAAUUAUUUGAGGGAUGAUAACGACUCGAUCGAACCCGAAUGGUAUAUGCCAAUUCUUCCAGUAAUCUUGAUCAAUGGAGCAGACGGUAUUGGUACUGGCUGGAGUACAUCGAUCCCGAAUUACAACCCUCGAGAUAUUGUAGACAACAUCAAACGCUUGAUGAAUGGCGAGCCACAAGUUUCGAUGUUCCCCUGGUACCGGGGUUUCAAGGGUAAUAUCGAAAAGAUUGGAGAGGACAAGUACAAAGUCAGCGGUAUCGUCGAACGCACUGCUAAAGGUGUCGAUAUCAAGGAGCUUCCUAUACGUGUAUGGACGCAAUCCUACAAGGAGCAGCUCGAAGAAUGGCUUGUCGGUACACAAAAGAGCCCGCCAUUUGUCAAAGAUUACCAUGAGCAUCACACAACCCGCUCCGUAUAUUUCGAGCUUACGGUUGCUGAGAAGGACCUAGAAAAGGCUGAAGCUGAAGGUUUCGAGAAAUUCUUCAAGUUGGUUGCUCAAAUUAGUACUAGCAACAUGAUCUGCUUUGAUGCGAACGGAAAGAUCAAGAAAUAUAAUUCUCCGGAAGAGAUCCUUGAAGAGUUCUAUGCUCUUCGAUUGAGCUACUACCAGAAGCGCAAGCAACACCUGUGCGACGAACUGGAGCGUCAAUACGAGAAGUUGUCCAACCAGGCCCGGUUUGUUAACAUGAUCAUCAAGAAAGAACUUGUCGUUUCGAACAAAAAGAAGGCUGACCUAUGCGCUGAGCUUCGAGAACUCAAAUUCAGACCGUUCCCCAAGGUUCGCAAGGCAAAGGAGUCUGGCGAAAAUGAGGACGCAGUGGAAGAAGAGGAAGAUGAGCCGGUUGGGGCGAAUAGUGACUAUGACUACCUGCUCGGAAUGGCCAUCUGGAGUUUGACUCGCGAAAAGGUCGAGAAAUUGAUCAAUGAGCAAAAUGCAAAGGAGGCAGAAUGGAACGAACUCCUCAAAAGGAAAGCUGUGGAUCUCUGGAAUGAAGACCUUGAGGAGUUCCUCAAGGCUUGGGAUGACAUGCUUGAAGAAGACGCUGAAGCAGAGGCUGUCGGUACCAGUAAGAAGAAGGGUACUAAACUGAGGACUCGCAAGUCAAUUGGCGGCAAAGCUACCAAACGUGCUGCCGAUUCGGGGUCAGAGGACGACUUCAAGCCUACAAAGGCUCCAGCGAAGCGCAAGCCUGCAGCUGAAAAGCCUGCCCCGGCUAAAGCUACCGCGAAAAUGGAGUCCAUGGAUGAAGACGAAAAGCCUGUUGUGGUCAAGAAAAAGCCUGUUGUAACUUCGUCAAAGGUGAAAAAGGAAGAGUCUGACUCUGAUGCUCCCGUCAUCAAAGUACCAGCAGCUGCAAAAGGCAAGGGAAAAGCUGCUGUCAAACGCAAGAGUGCGGACGAAGACGACUCUGAUGAGGCACCAGUCAUCAAACCGGUUAAGAAGACGAAAGCGCAACCAAGCGUCAAAGACUUUUUCGAUGCCGUCCCAACAAAACCUUCUACGUCUAAACCCAAAGCUGCUGCCAAGAAAAAGAUUAUCAGUAGCGACGACGAAGACGAAUCGAUGGUAGUACUAAAUAACGAUGAUGACGAUGAUGAGCCGCCUGUAGUCAAACGUACUACGCGACCAACCACGGGCAAGUCGAAAUACGUGGAGCUUUCAACCGACGGGGACGACAACGAUGAGGAUGAUGUUUAUUCUAUUUCCGAUUAG